UUGUUUUUGAGUGUAAAAGUUAUUUUGUAAUUUUUAAUAUAAUAUAAAAGGAAAGGAAAAAGCCAAAAUGCAGAGAGAAGAAAAGCAAUUAGAAAUGUUCUUAGAUAACUCCCUAAUCAAACUGAAUGAUUUAAAAAAGGCAAUCGGCCAAAUGAUACAAAAAAUUGAAAUGGAGCAUGAAAGAAUCAACUGGCCACAAUUCCUUGACAAUUUUGCUCUCAUAUCAGGACAUCUUGCCGGACUUUCAAAACAAUUAGCUCUCGAAUAUACUCCACAAAUAUCACGUUUGACAGUUCUUCCUCUAUUCCUCUCACCUGAUGUUGAUGAACAUUUAGUGCAAAUCACUGAAGGUCGUCUUCCAGUGUUUGCAGCAGAGUGCGUUCCUGAUUAUCUGAGAACGAAACCAGACCCAACAAUGGAAAGUCGAAUGAACCUUCACGAAGCUAAAGCCAAUGCACUCACGAAUGAAACGGCAGCAAAACAAGUUGCACAAUAUACAAAGAUAGUUUCACAUGUUUCUGAUUUGAUAUCAAAAGCUCGUGAUGAAUGGGAAAUUGAAUCAAUGAAUCGAAAUGCUCAAAUGCCCACAUACAGCCAGGCUGACACUCAUACGCUCGUUAAAGCUGUUGGAAUGGGAACUAAUCUUGCAGUCACUGGAGGGCCUGUUGGAAACAUGCUUAUACCGCCCGGACCCCGCAUGCCAGGACCUGUUCAAAUGAGUUCCGUUUCACCGAAUCUCCCACAAAUGGGAAAACUUCCAUCAUCAAUUAAAACUAACAUCAAAUCUGCUUCACUGCAUCCGUAUCGCUAAAUCAAUUUAUUGGACAUUGAAAAGAAAUAAAUGUUUGCAAAAAAUGUUUUAUAAGAAAAGAAAAGAGAAUAUAAUUGUGUGCUAAUCCCAA